AUGAGUUAAAAAAACGCAAAAAAUGAGAAGGAAAAUCUUAUUUUUUAUAGUUCUAUCUUUGUUAUAUUUUAUUUAAUAUAUGAAUGCAAUUUAAAGCUUUAUAGCCUUUUUUAUGGUGUGGAGAAUUUAAUAUUUUAAAAUUUUCAUGCUGGUCCCAUCCACUAAAUGAAUUAAGAUGAAGAAAAUUAUAGAAGUGAAGCAGUAUUUAAUUAUUAAUUGAUUGAAUUUUGUCGUCAAUAAAUAGGCUAGUUAGUUUCAUAGAUUAAAUAUAUUUAUUCUUCUGAUAGCUAAUAGCGAUAGGAUAAACAGGCGGAAGAUAGAUCUUAAAAACUUAACAAUUAAAUAGUAAAUUAAAUAACAAGUAAAAAAAAACAAAACAAAAUCACUAAUCAUUUGAUAUUCCUUUCACUUGUAAAUAAAUAAAUUAAAUAACUAAUUAAAUAAUUAAUAAGCAAAUAAAUAAACAAACAAAAAAGCAAACAAUCACAGUCAAUCAGGAUUUAAAGAAAGACAACAAAACUAUAAAGACUAAACAAAUAUCAAAGAAAAAUUAAUUAAAAAUUAUCAAAAAAAAAAUUAAUAAAUAAUCAGAUAAAUAAGCAAACAAGCUGA